UAUAUUCGAUUCGACUUGAAAACAAACAAAUCGAUAUGCUAUAAAUUAAUCGGUACUUGGUUGAAAUACCCGCCCUUAGCGGAUAUGUAUUCAUAUAUACAGGUGCUGCCUACGAUAUCGUAAAGAAUACAAGACACGCGGGUCUACACUUCCUAUGUUUAUGGACAUAAAUUUAAGCGGCAGGAGACAGAACAGGGGUGAGAGCCGAGAGUCAUCUAGUCGCCGAAGGGUCAUGUUCGAGGCGCGUUGUGAGCGACGUGGCAACAACGAGCAGCUGAAAGACGCUCGGCGCAUGCGCAUUCGUCCCGCGACGCAACACGUAAACACGACUCUUCCUCUCCUUUUUUUAUUACUUGAUCGACGUUCCUCGCGGAUCGUACACAUUUGUACGGGGUGAAACGCAGAACGUCUCGCUGGGGGGGGGACACAUCGCGAUUCCGCGGCGUUUCACGCGCGGAUCUACGCGGGCGAGAAAGAUGACUACGGUGGUGCACCUCGGCGUCUCGUGAUACCAUAAAAUUCACGGCCCGAUGGUAUGCGGUGACGUCAUCCGAAUCUGUUCUGGAAGGAUCCAGCGAGGCAACAAUGGCGGAUCUAUACGCGAAUUACAACUGCACGUAUUGUCAGGAGGACAUCGCGGGUCUACGCGUCAAGUGUAACGAGUGCCCUGACUUCGACCUUUGCCUGCAGUGUUUUUCCGCUGGCGCUGAAAUCGGACAACAUAAAAAUAAUCACGCUUAUAAGUUUAUGGAUUCUGGUACCAUUAACAUAUUCAAUGGUCGUGGCAAUUGGACUGCCAGAGAACAGUUGAGACUUCUGGAUGCAAUCGAACAAUAUGGAUUUGGGAAUUGGGAAGAUAUCAGCAAACAUAUCGAGAAGCGUACACCAGAAGAAGCGAAAGAAGAAUAUAUUGCUAGGUAUCUUAACGGUAACAUCGGAAAGCAUACAUGGCCACCCACGGAUAGUUACGUACCAAAUCUUACGGAUCAAACGAAAUCUGAUCAUGGUCCUUUGUCGCCUGAUCUCACAUCCAGAUUACCGCCAUUGGACAUUACCCCGGAAGAAGCUGCGCAAUUAGGUUAUAUGCCUCAACGAGAUGAUUUUGAGAGGGAUUACAACCAUGAAGCCGAAUCUCUCGUUUCUUCGUUAUCUUUGAACCCUGCUGAGGACGAUGAUCUUGAUAUUGCUCUUAAAUUAGCGCAAGUUGAUAUGUAUACCAGUAAUCUUAGAGAACGAGCUAGACGAAAACGCGUCGUGAGAGAUUAUCAACUUGUAUCUGCCUUCUUCUCAUCAUCCAGGAAAGACAAAGGAAUAAAGAAAAAACAAACGAAAGAAGAAAAAGAAUUUAGGGACAGAAUGCGUGUAUUCGCACAGUUUUACACAGCACAAGAGCACGAACAGUUCCUAACAAACCUCGAGAGAGAAAGAGAGUUGCGCUUACGGCUCUCGGAGCUUUAUCGAUAUCGCGAGAAUGGCAUCACGAGACAUGAAGAAUGCACUCAUUUCGAGCAGGUUCUUGCGCAAACUCAAAGACAGAAUGAUACAGCGGAUCAUUGGAAUGAAAAAAAAUCUGGCAGCAGUGGGCCGUCCACACCAAUACACCGCAGCACCUCAAAAAGAAGAGAAGAAGAAAAAAAUUACUCUUCCACCGACCGAAAAUACACUGCAAAGCAAGACUUGCCCAGCUCCACAGCCAAUCAAAUCAGUCACAAUCGGACGACGACUCUAACCAAUCAAUGGGCGGAGUCGGAUAGCAACCCAAAUACUUCCAAUCAAUCGACUUCCAGCCCCAGUUCCUCGCAAGAAAAGAAUUACAGCAAUGCUACUUCUACUCAAGAACGAGAUAUAGAAUUGGAGGCUGCGUCUCAUCUUUUAACGAAGCAAGAAAAAUCCUUGUGUAUUCAACUUGAUCUAAAGCCGACUCAGUAUUUGACGCAAAAGACAUUGUUAUUACAAGAAUAUUUAAACGGUAAUAGGAGAUCGAGUAUUGUACCUCAAUCAGAACCAGAAAGCAAAAUUCUUCAUUAUCUAGUAACUAACGGUUGGAUUACAGCCAGUUGAUCAAAUGUAUAAAGAUUUGUUAUUUUGUCACUCUAAGUCAUUUCUAAAUUAAUAAGCUUAUAUAUACAAGUUUUAGACGUAACUAAAAUUUUUAGUCUGAUUCAGUUAAAUGUAAGGCAGAUGAUUAAUGAGAGAAAAGGAGAGAAGGAAUGCAUGCGUGCAUGUUUGCAAUAGUUGCAUUGUUGCUGAUCUUUUAAACUGGGAUUUCAAUAUUAUUAUAUCAUGCGGUCUAUUCAAUGUAAAAUCAGAUAGAAUCAUAAUCAGAUGUAAUUUAUGUGUUUAAGGUCUGUGAUUUAACAAUGAGUUCAGGGCCGAUUUUACGAUGAUAAAAACUUGAUUAAUGUUUAAUUACUUCUGCAUUUCCUUUUUCCAAGCUAUAACACUGGCUAUAAUGCAGUUAAUAACAAACAAUUAAUUAAACAACAAAU